AUGUGCUCUACUUGUCCUCAAAACUUUGAACAAAUCUGUUCUUGUGUCGGCUCUACUCGUUUGAGUAGACAUGGUGCUAACUUCCCUCCAAUUUCUAAAAUUGUUGAGUGGACCCAGAGCCUUGAAGUUUCCUCCUUUACUCCCAAUGAAUAUUCAAGCACUUGUGAUAUUUCCUAUCCUCCCCAAUUCUCCGAAGUUUUAACUUCAGACGUGGAAGAAAUUCCUCGUCCAAACACCCCAAUUGAUUCAAAUUUUACUGUUUCUCAAUAUACUCCCUUGGUUUCUAACAUUGAUAUUGCUGCUUGUAUCUUGUUGCUUCUGCUCCAUUCAAUCUCAAAAAGGUGUUGUAAUUCCUAUAUUCUUCCCCUCUCACAUUUGAUUGAUACUGAGUUUGAUAAUCAACAUUUAUACUUUCCGAUAAGAGGUGGAGUACCUUGUCUCAAAAGUGAACCUUAUGCUCUUUUGAUGUGCAUUGAUGCUAGUCCUAUUGCUAUCGAGGAAUGCAAAAUUGUUGAACUUGACGACUCAGCAUCCUCACUGGAUGAAGAGAAACAUGCUGAAAUAUUUGACUUGGUUCCUGAAGAAUCAUCUGAAGAUGAACAUGUUGAAUUAAUUUCUGGUGAACAAAAGCUCCAAGAUUCUCUGCUUGAAGUAUGUGAUGUUGAAUCUUCUGAGUGUGUCAUGGAUGAGAGUAUUGGUUUGACAUUUGACGAACUUCUUGAUAUUGCUCAUUGUUUUGGCAUUGGUGAGGAGGUUUACUCUACCACCAGCCCUGAAGAAUGGUUUUUCUCAUUUGAGGAGCUUUUUGAUAUUGCAAAUUGCUUUGGGGUCAUUGAAGAGGUUUACUCUGUGGCCACCUCUUCACUGAACUCUAGAGAAAACCCAUGGAAUUUCACGUUUGAAGAGCUUCUAGACAUUGCUCAUUGCUUUGGAAUUGUUUCUGAACCUCCUAAACUGUUCAUAAACCCAAAUCUCACUUGGGCUCAGCAUCUAAGUGUUCAGAAGGUUGUACCAAAAAAUGAUUCUUCAAUGAAGAAUAAGCAGACUAUUCUUAGAAAGACUAUCCCAAAGAUUGUCUCAGUUGGUGUUCCUGUCAAAGUUCCAAUUGAGUCUCCAGUUGAAGCUCCAUCAAUUGAAUCUAAGGAUUCCGAUUAUUACUUUGACUUGCCAUUCUCUUUUGCAGACCUUGAUGAAAUUGAAGAUGAUAAAUUCUUGUCUUUUGAAGAAUUAUUUGACAUUGUUCAAUAUCUUGGUCUUUCAGUUGAAAUUUCAUCAAUUAUUGAGUCUAAGAAUUCUGAGUAUAAUUUCGACUUGCCUUUCUCCUUUGCAGACCUUGAAGAUGUUGAAGAUGACAAACACCUCUCAUUUGACGAAUUAUUUGACAUUGUUCAAUUUCUUGGUCUUGUUCCUAAGUCAACUCCAGUCCGGAAACUCACCUGGGCCGAACAUCUUAGUGUUCAAAAGGUACCAAAGAAGAAAGCUCCACUUAAGCUGAACAGCACUGUUCUUAGGAGACCUAUUCCAAAGAUUGUCUCUGCUGAAGCUCCGGUCAAUGUUCCAUUAAUUUCCAAUUCCAAUGGUUCUGAUUACUAUUUCGACUUACCAUUUGCUUUUGAAGAUCUUAAAGUUAUCGAAGAGUUCUUUGGACUUAAUAAUUCCUUAUCUUUUGACGAACUAUUUGACAUUGUUCAAUUUCUUGAAUAUUCAGUUGAUCUUUCAGUUGAAGUUUCAUCUAUUGUCGAUUCCAGGGAAUAUUACUACUUCGACUUGCCUUUCUCUUUUGCAGACCUUGAAGAUGUUGAAGAUGACAAACACCUCUCAUUUGACGAAUUAUUUGACAUUGUUCAAUUUCUUGGUCUUGUUCCUAAGUCAACUCCAGUCCGGAAACUCACCUGGGCCGAACAUCUUAGUGUUCAAAAGGUUGUACCAAAGAAGGAUACUCCAUUGAAGAGUAGGACUACUAUUCUUAGAAAGGCUGUUCCAAAGAUUGUCUCAGUUGAAGUUCCAAUUGAAACACCAUCUACUAUCAAAUCCAAGGAUGACGAUUAUUAUUCAGACUUGCCUUUCUCUUCUGAAGAUCUCAAAGAUAUCGAAGAAUUCUAUGGACUUGAUGAAUACUUCUCAUUUGAAGAACUCUAUGACAUUGUUCAAUUUCUUGGUCUUCCAGUUGAAGUUUCAUCUAUUGUCGAUUCCAAGGAGUCUGAGUAUUAUUUCGACUUACCAUUCUCCUUUGCAGACCUUGAUGAUAUUCAAGAUGACAAACACUUCUCAUUUGAAGAACUCUGUGACAUUGUUCAAUUUCUUGGUCUUGCUCCUAAGUCAACUCCAGUCCGGAAACUCACCUGGGCUGAACAUCUCAGUGUCCAAAAGGUACCCAAGAAGAAAGCUCCCAUUAAGUUGAAUAAUACUAUCCUUAGGAGACCUAUUCCAAAGAUUGUUGAAGCUUCAAUCAAAGUUCGAACAGCUCCAGUUGAAGUUCCAACUAUCGAAUCCAAGAAUUUUGAUUAUUACUUUGACUUACCAUUCUCCUUUGAAGAUCUUAAAGAUAUCGAGGAAUUCUUUGGACUUGACAAUUCCCUAUCUUUUGACGAACUAUUUGACAUUGUUCAAUCCCUUGAUCUUGCUAAACCACCCCCAGAUUACAAUAUCAUGGCUGCUGUGAAGCCAACGCUUUCAAAUUAUCACUUUAGAAAGCUUCCAGUUCAAAAGUUUCCUAAAAGGAAGGCUUGA